ACAUAAAGGAACACCAGAUGUCUUUCCCGAUUCAUUGCUCUCAUUUUGUUCGAUGUAUUCAGGCUAGGGUUCACAACUCCUCCUCUCCUCUUGAGUUUGAUGUAUGUACGUCGCAAGGAAGAAGCCAAAUCCUUCGAUCUUUUGUCACUAGGUCGCCAGUAGUGGAGUAGCUGCCCUAGCUCUGUCCUGUGUCUCAGCAUCGAUGAACCAUCACGUUCGCCAAAUCGCAGAUCCAGUCCCGUAGCCUGCCACUCUGCCAAUCCUGGCCAAACUGUUCCGCAAAUGUGGAACCGGAGUGAAAUUUUGUGAUGUAUAUGAUGCUGAAUCUGUUGGUUGGGGAGUGGUACGCAAAUCGUCUCUUCAAAAUGCUGCUCGGUUAUUCUCUGGCCAUUCAUUUGAGAUGUUUCGGUUGACUGUAUACUAUGCUCAGAAAUCAAGAAACUGCACUAAUGUUUGGGCCCCAUCAUGCUAUAUUUUUGGCCAUAAGGACCUGCAGACUUGCCGGCUGUGGGUUAAUCGGAUCAGAGCUUCUUUACGCUUGCAGGGGGAGCGACCUAAAAGUCUUCUGGUCACUAUAACAGAAAGGCGUGGCCAAGCUUUUGAUGUAAUGGCCUCCAUCUCUAGUAGGGAUGUUAAUUCAUAUGAUGGUGUAGUCGCUGUUUUGCAGGUAAGACAAGUGGCAAAAUCUUAUAUAUCACCGUCACUGUCUUGUAGAUGGACUAGAUGCCAAAACCCGUAUAAGUAGAAAAUGGGAGUAGAGGAGUUGAAGAAGGAAGAGAGGAAGAAGACAGAACCAUAAGAAGAAGAAGGUGACAGAAGUGUCUAGCGGCAGAGAUGCUCUGGACAGAAGGGUUCGACCAGAACACCUCGAUGUGGUUUUCUGGUGGCUUCGGACAGAAACCCUCCUAG